AUGAGAGUGGCUGUUAAUCCAUCUUAAGUAUCUAGAUCACUACCUCCAGCUCCUAUGCCCGUAAUGAAAACUCCAGUGAUGGUUGACAGAGUGGCAAGUUUGCAUCAUACUUCAACAUUCAAUAAAGAAUCUCCUAUAAACACACCCAAUGAAUAAUAGCUGAUAGAAUUGGAAACCAGAAUUCUUAAUCUUGAAUAAGAUUCCUCUAUUAAACUAAAAUGUGAAAAUUUGAUCCAAGAAAAUAAAAAACUCACGCAAUAGGUUUCUCUCUAAACUGAGUCUGUAGCUAAAUUCAAAGGAGAACUAUCUCUUGCUAGGAAAGAAAUCUCAAAGUAAAACUUUAAAUUAUUAUCAAGACUUAAGAAAGUAUUGGAUAUAAAGGAAGAAGCCUUAACGGAUAUUAGAAUUAAAAAUCACACCAGAAAUUUAUCUUAAUCUGACAAAUUGAAAAAUGAUAAGCUAAUCUAACAAAAAGAAAUCAUGGAAUAGUAAUAUUUAAAAGAAAAACAAUAAUUAUAAAAUUAGAUUUAACAACUUGAAGAGCUUUUAGAAUAAUAAUGUUCUCUAAACUAAAAUAAUUAGCCUUCUCUUUAUUUAGAAGCAAAAUAACCAAUUAUUCCAAAUCAAUAAAUAGACUAUUCUUAACCUUGUUAGUAAACAUCUUAAUAUAACAAUGUAAAACAAAAUGAAUAAUAUUCAACUUCUUAAAAUAGAAAGCCAUAAACAUCUAAUUAGGAAGGAGGAGUGAACUCCAUUUUUUAUAGACCUAAUCAUUAAGAUAAAUUAUAUUAAGUUCCAAGCAAAGGACUCUCACAAGAGAGUAGUUCACCUAAAUUCAAUAAUUAAAGUUUCCCUUGCUUGAAAUUCAAUUCUAUACCCUAAGAAAGCAUAGAUUUUAAUAGUUAAUUCGAUUUAAAAAACAAAUCUAUUGAUCCAAAGGAUUCUUUUAAAGCACAUAAUCAAUUGAAAGAUCAUAAUAUGAUAUAAAGAAAGUCUUUAUCUUCGAUAACAGAAUUGAUACAAUAAAAUGGAUAAAAUCAAAGCAAAGAAAACCAUAGUAGAUAUUUCGAGAAAAACAGUACGCAAUCUCCUAAUUAUUAAUUCUCUAAUACCUCUUAAUUAUUACAAGAAUUAGAGCAACUUAAAAAUGAGGUAAAUUCCCAAAAAGAUACUAUUUAAGAAUCUCAUAAAAAAAUAUCGUAACUUGAGUAUGAGAAAUCUACUGUUAUUGAAAAAAAUGAAAAACUUCUUCGAGAAUUUCGCAAUCAAGUUGAAGAAAUAAAACAACUUGAGCAUAAUAAAAACAAUAUACAAAAUGAUAUUCUAUAACUAGAAGAAGAUCUCUAGUCAUAAAAAAUACAUUAUGAAUCUUGUAUUUAGGAUUAAUAGCAUAAAUAUAACCUUCUUGAAUAGCAAUUUUACGAAAAUAAAAGGUUAUUAUAAGAAAAGCUAAAAGAGUCAACAAAAUCAGAGCAAGAUAAUUAAUGUUAACAAUUCAAGAAGCAAUUAGAAGAAAAAUAAUUGGAAAUUAUAAAUAUUAGUCAAAAGGUUCUUAAUUAUAAAAAUAAAAAUGACCAGUAGGAAAUAUAAAUUAAUCAAAUGAAAAAAUAAGAAUUAGAUUUGAAUUAAGAAUUUGAAAAAGUCAAUAAAUAAUACCAAUAAAUUAAGAGAUAAUUUGAUGAUACUGUAAAAAAUCUGAAUGAAGCAUAAAAUCAAAUACAAAUAAUGUAAUCUUAAUAUCUAUCAGAAUAUUAAUUAAGAGAAAAAAUAGAAUUAAAUUAUGCUAUUUUAUAAAAGGAAUUUAGUUAAUAUAAAGAAAACUCUGUCCUAUAAAUUGAAGACUUGUAAUCUUGUGAAAAAUUUAGGAGUAAUUCAAAAAAUAUUGAAUAUAUAUAAAAUUAACAAGAUUUAUAAGCAAAAUAAAAAGUUAUGCUGGAAAACAGCAAUGGCUUUUAAUAACUAGACUAAGAUAUUACUAAACAGCUAUAAAAAGCCAAUAACACUAUAAAUGAAUAGAAUAAAUAAAUAAUUUAGUUAUAAUAAACAAAUUAAAAAUUAGAAGAUGAAAUUGGAGAUGUCAAAAAUAAAUUUUCGAAGCAAACUUUAAUAUUAACCAAAUUGAAAUCAGAUUAAAAUUAUAAAUGUGAUAAAUGUAAAUCCUUAAAAUUGGAUUUAUCUGGAAUUCUUAUGGAUGAACAGCAAAUUUAAGACAUGUAUUAUUAGUAAUAAUAACUUGAUUAAGUUAUUCUCGAAAAUGAUUCCAUUCCUAUUAUUUAUGAUUAAGUUAAUACUGAAAGAAAUCAACUAUUGUAAAAAUUGUAGUAAAAUCACUAAGAUUUGGUUAUUCAAAAACAAUAAAAUGAUGAAUUAGUUCAAAUACAUUAAGAUUAGAAUAAUCAAAUUUGUAUUUUGAAGUCUUAAUUAUUAUAGUUAGAAAUAAUCACAUAAAAGUAAAAAGAGUAGAUAAAUCAAUACGAAAAUGAGUUUAAGAAAGUUCUAAAAGAUGAUAAUAUAUUGUUUUAGUAAAAGUAGAUCGAUCUGCGCGAUUAUAAUGAACCAACUACUACUAAAGGCUAUAAUAAUUUAACUUAACUUAUCAAUUAAUAGGUUAGAUAAAGAGAAUAAGACAAUAAAUAUUUCAAAAAACCUAACAACUUAUCUGCUUAUGAAAUAUAAACAGGCAAAGAUGAUGUUAGUUUACUCUAAAAAAAAGUACAAUAAUAAAACGAAAUAAUUAAACAAUUAAAUUAAUAGUUAGAUAACAUUAAUUUCCAGUAUUAGAACCUCUUAAUAGAAUAAUAAUCGAAUAAUCUUUAAAUAGAAUUGCAAAAAUCCGAAUACGAAUAAAUGAAAAAACAUCUAUAAACCACUAUUUCAAAAUAAAAAAUCUUCUUAGAAGAGAAAGAGAUCGAAAUAUAAAAUAUUAAAUAAUAAAAAGUAAGCUUAAAUGACAUGAAUUAAAUCGAAAUCGAUAAAAUUAAUUAGUUAUUAACUAUGAGCUAAGAAAAGAUCGAAAAUUAAAAAAAAGAACUAUAUAAAGAUAUGUAGAAAAAUUAAGCAAUAUAAUAAGCCAACACUCAAUUGAGAAGCUAGUUAGAAAGAGUGCAAAGUGAAAAUGCUGAUUUACAUGAGAUAAUUAUUGAACUUUAAAAAGAAAAUGUAAAUCUAAGAGACAAUAAUUAAAAGUUAACCUCUAAAUUUGAUGACAAUAUUUAGACUAAAGAAUAGAAUAUGAAUAAUAUGGUAUUACGAAGAUAAUCCAUUACUAUUAGUUAAUAAUGUGAAAAUUUUUGUUCUGAACAACCAAAACCUGGGUUUAUAACCUCUAAAAAUAAUAGAAAGUUAGAUGAAAUUGAGAGGGAAAAUUUAACGUCAUAGAAAGAAAUUUCGAAAUUGAAAUAAAUGAUAGGAGAUUUGUCAAAUAAUCAAAAUUAUAACCCAGAGAGGAAAUUGUCAAACAGUUCAUAGCAUCUAUCAUAAAAGAAGCAUCUUUUUGAUCAAAAUAGCAUUAAAUGUAAACAUAAUUGA